AUGCCCCCUGUCAAGCCGAUGAGGAUGAGGUGGCGCUCCAGGACCAUCGGCCUCUCCUUGGCCUUCUUCUCCUUGGCCUUCUUCUCCUUUUUCCUCUACCUCCUCCUGGCGUUGGACUCUCUGCCCGAUUACCAGCGGCCCCGUGACCCCCCGUUGAGUCCCAGGACCCUGUCGGACCCCCACGGCGACUACACCCCCGUGGGGGUCCGCGGUUUGGCCGAGCCCCCGACCCAGGAACCUGUGACGGUCUUCAGAGCCGAGGAGUCUGGGCUGUUGAAGCUGGAGGCGCUGUUUGACCACCCUCUCUACAACGGGCCCGAAUCUCCCAUCCCCGAAGAGGACCGGCUCCUGAAACAGAAACCAAACACCAAGACCAGUGAGAAGAGCUCCAGCACCUGGAUGAGUGCGAGCCAGGAGGCCGACAAGGGGGUCCAGUGGACCAGCAGCGUAGACCGCCUGCCCCCCUGGCGGCGCUUCCAGCUGGGUAUCUCCCGCUGGCAGCUGUACUCCCACAGAGACCCCGUCACGGAGCCGCUGGCCCAGCAGCUCGCCACGCACCGCAUCGUCAGCGCAGUGCAGAAGUCUGGAGGGACGCAGCUGAAGCUCGUGAUGUCGUUUUCCAACUACGGAGAAGCGUUGUUCAAACCCAUGAAGCAGGAGAGAGACGAAGAAACCAACUACAACCUCUACUACUUCUCAGACUUUGAGAGACACAAUGCAGAGGUGGCGGCGUUUCACCUGGACAGAGUGCUGGGCUACAGGAGGGUGCCCCCGGUGGUGGGGAGGCUGGUGGACGUGGUCUCGGAGAUCAAAGACAUCACCACCGACCUCAAGCUCGCCCAGACCUUCUUCACCUCCCCUGUGGGCAGUGUGUGUUUCUACGGUAAGUGUUCGUACUACUGCUCCACGGAGCACGCAGUCUGCGGCCGGCCCCGGCUGCUGGAGGCCUCCCUGGCCGCCAUGCUGCCCGACGUCUCCCUGGAGGCGCGCCGGUCCUGGAGGUCCCCCUGGAGGCGCUCCUACAGCCGCAGCAAGCUGGCCAGGUGGGAGUCAGAACCAGACUACUGUUCCAAGGUGACGAAGAAGCCUCCGUACAACAAAGGGACCCGACUGGUGGACUUCAUGGACAUGGUCAUCCUGGACUUCUUGAUGGGAAACAUGGACCGGCACCACUAUGAGACCUUCGAGAAGUUCGGAAACAACACGUUCCUCCUGCACCUCGACAACGGGAGGGCGUUCGGCCGUCACUCCAGAGACGAGCCCUCCAUCUUGGCUCCUCUGCUUCAGUGCUGCAGGAUCCACCGCUCCACCUGGCUCCGCCUCCAGCUGCUGUCUCUGCCGCGGUACCGCCUCAGUGAUGUCAUGAGGGCCUCGCUCUCCAGGGACCCGCUUCACAUCGUGGCCCCGCUGCUGUCGGAGCUGCACCUCGCCGCCCUGGACCGCCGCCUGAAGACGGUGCUGGAGACCGUCAGCCGCUGCCUGGAGAGACGGGGGGGCGCUGAUGAGGUCAUCAAGAAUGAGGUCAUCUAGGAUGAGGUCAUCAAUGAUGACCUCAUCUAGGAUGAUGAGGUCAUCAAUGAUGAGGUCAUCAAUGAUGAGGUUUCUGGGUAGAGAGCUUUACUUCCUGUGAUCAUGAGGAACGUUGAUAUUUAGAAUCAACACUUGAAAUUAUGAAGAAACUUAAAAACUGCAAGGUAGCACAAAAUGUACUAAAACACUGUUUAUCCAGUUUAUAACUCCUGAAGUGUUAUUAUUCAUUGAGUUAUUAUUCAUUAAAAGUUAUGUAUAAUCAUUAUUC